ACUCAAUAAUAGCAAAUAUAAGAACAGCCAGCCAGCCUGUGUAAGGGGAGAGUAACUCUGCAACUUAAGAGUGGCAGAACAAUCGGCUCCCUGUAUUUACUCUCCACAUAUUCAAGGAAUCAGUCAUGGCUGCAGAAGCAAAGCAAACUUGUUAUGAGGGCAGUUCUGUCCAAAGCUUUCAGUUCUACCUGGAACAUUCGGGAUAGCACGAGGCCAUUCUCCGGUGUGUUCACAAUAUCCUACCAGGAGAAUUUAAAAGAAUUGGAGCAGGUAAAAGCAGUCUGGAUGUUCUUGGUGUUGGAAGUGGUGGAGGGGAAAUGGAUGCCCAGAUGCUCACUCUACUGCAGUCUACAUUUCCUGCUGUCCCGAUCACUGCUGACAUUGUGGAGGGCAGCUCUCAGCUCACAGACAACUUCAAAGCUUUGGUAGCAAAGACCACCAACCUUCAGAAGAUCCCAUUUGCUUGGUAUAUCAUGCACAGUGAGGACUAUGAGAGGCAAGUAAAAGAAAAAGGAGACAUGAAGACUUUUGACUUCAUACACAUGAUUCAGAUGAUCUACUAUGUGGAUAACCUUGCCGACACCAUCAAGUUCUACCAUAGCCUUCUGAAGAACAAUGGCAGGCUUAUGAUCAUCAUUGAAGCAGGUAAGUAGAACUAGGUUUUCCAUACUGCUUUCUGUCCUUCCUCC